AAACGGUCAUUUCCGUUCAGAUAACAGGGCAACCAACCUUGUUGUCCCGAUCAUGUACAGUGGCGCCAGCCUCGAGGCGCAGAAUGGUUGCUCCAGGCGCGGCAUUCAUGUUCUUUGUUCUCCCUUGACGCGCAAAGAGCAUUCUGAAAUAACGUAAACACGCCGCACGGAUGCUUGAAGUACAAAGGCCGCGACUCGACUUCUCUCGCCCCUUGUUACCACUCACCAAUGUCCGGCUCCACAAUCUGCCCACAGGUCCUUGCAGGCUCCCUCUGCACAGAGCGCUUCUGCACUUUCGCGCACAAUCCGCCCAGCUGCGACCUGUGCAAUCUCAUCUUUCCCACCGCACCGCAGUACACUGAACACGUCGCGACGAAGCAGCACCAGAACCGUCUGUGCGGCGAGUUUGGGUCGACGCUGUAUUGUUCUGGAUGCGACAAGCACAUCUCCGGCACCAAGAACUGGGCUGUUCAUGUCCGCGGCGCGCGACACAUCAAAAAAGCGGGUGGGAGGCACCUUGAAGCAGAAGAGGGCGGAGAGAUGCCAGGACACACACUCUGCACGACGUGCAACUCGCAGAUCCCAGACAAGUCUUGGGCGCGGCACCACCUGAUGCCGAAGCACCUGGCGAAGACGCAGUUUCUGUCGUUCCGUACGGCCUUGGAUGAAGCCGAGAAAGACAAGAACGGGGUGUCGGUCAGUGGGGCCUUUGACUUCGGGAUAGUCGAGCCCUCCCUGGCGGGUGCUGGGGUAAGAAUGAACGCGACCAUCACGAACACCACGCCCUAUUCGAUUGUGAGCAUUGUCAAUGCGACGUUCGCCUCUUCGAGGGGAGUUCGGAUGUCGACGCCAUUCACACUCGACCUUGCGACUGCUCAUCGUUCAAUAUGCUACAAACAGACGCUGAACUUCACAGUCAGCAUGUGUCAGUCCCAUAACGGCCGUGCCCAAGAUCGACUGGAGUUGGAAUUCGAAGAUCGGCAGCUCGGACGCCGAUUUGUGAUAAUGCGCACAUUGGCUGUGAUUGUUGGGGACCGCGAUGAUCACGAAAACCUGCGACCCAGUGCACCGUACGUUCCGCGCAAACGAACUGCCCGGCAGCCUGAGACGAACGUUGUCGAGGGCGUCGCACCUCCCUCGCUGCGCGUGAUUCGCUACGUUGUCGUGCUUCCCGAGUCGCCGAUCCCCAAAGCCUUGUCUGCAGCUUUAGCAACUGGAACAGCAAGCAGCAUCGUCCAAAACAUGCGGACUGUGUUUCUGCCGCCGGUCCUGAAUAGUGACGCGUAUCCGCGGCACUUCAAGCAUCUCAUUUGGAUAGAGGAGCACCAGAUGGAGCGCGAUCUUCAGUAUUACGAUAUCACAGAGGCCAAGUUGACGGUGCACCAUCCCUAUCACUACGUCUCAGUCCCAGGACUGGCGGAGAAGCGCCCCAGUGUUCUCGUCGGCGACCGAAUCCUUGUGCAGCAAACAGGUGCUGCGGCUGGCCACUGGUUUGAAGGUGGCGUGCACGUCGUGCGGAAGGAAGAAGUCGGAUUGCGGUUCCAUUCGUCGUUUGGCAAGGCUUCUCCCCUAGCGCGUUUUACGGUGCGCUUCAAACUGAACCGGCACCCUGUUCGACGUCAGCAUCUGGCCCUCGAUACGGCCUUCGACGAGGACCGUGUGCUGUUCCCUGAACAAACGCACAUGCCUGCUGGACUAGUCCCUUCUAAGCGCAUCCAAGUCAAGAAUCCGCUGAUCGCACACAAUCCUCCUCAGCUGCAGGCCGUUGUGUCCAUAGUCGAGCGGGCGCCUGGGUCCGUCCCAUUCGUCAUCUUUGGGCCCACUCAGCAGACCCGGAACGGGGAAAACGGUCACCAUGGUCGAAUCCGUUUUCCAGAUCUUGUCUGCGAACCCUCAAGCUCGCGUGCUGGCGAUUGCGCCCAGCAACUCUGCCGCAGACCUCAUCACAACGCGUCUCAUGUCACUGGGGGCGGAGCAGCUGUUUCGGUUCUACGCCCCGUCACGUCACAAAGAAACGGUCCCUCUAGAGCUACGCGCGUUCACCUUCGCCACCGCGAACGGACACUUUGCUGUUCGGGGCUGGCGAAGAUGAAGACGUACAGGGUGGUGGUGACGACCUGUGUCUCUGCGUCUGUCGUUUCAGGGAUCGGCAUCCCAAGAGGCCAUUACUCACACAUCUUCUGCGAUGAAGCGGGCCAGGCUACCGAACCUGAAGUUAUGAUCGCGAUCAAAACUAUGGCCGACAAGCAGACCAAUGUGGUUCUCUCUGGGGAUCCGAAGCAACUGGGGCCGAUCAUCCGGUCUGCGAUUGCGAGAGAGCUUGGUCUGGAGAAGAGCUUCAUCGAGCGGCUGAUGGCUAUGGAGAUAUACGAUCAGGUCAGAGGUUACGGCAAGUCCGUCGUCAAGCUUACGAAGAACUUUCGCUCGCACCCGUCGAUCCUCAAGUUUCCGAAUGAACGCUUCUAUCAAGGGGAACUGGAGGCGUGCGGUAGCCCGUCGGUGGUCAACGCGUAUGUGAACUGGGGGCCGCUGCCCAAUGGUCAGUUUCCGGUGAUCUUCCACGCGAUCAGGGGAAAGGAUGAUCGGGAAGCCUCUUCGCCGUCGUUCUUCAACGUCGAUGAGGUCAGCCAGGUCAAGAGCUACGUGGCGAUGCUCCGGGAUGACCGCCGCGUGCGGAUCACUGACAACGACAUCGGUGUGAUCACACCAUACCAUGCUCAGUGCCUCAAGAUCCGCGCGGUGCUGCGUGCAUUCGCAGACGGGGUCAAAGUCGGCAGUGUUGAGGAGUUCCAGGGCCAGGAGCGCCAGGUGAUCAUUGUCUCGACUGUCCGGAGCAGCCGCGAGUUUGUCGAGUACGACUUGCGUCACACACUGGGCUUUGUGGCCAAUCCCCGUCGAUUCAAUGUUGCUGUCACACGAGCCCAAGCGCUGCUCAUCGUCAUCGGAGACCCUGAUGUGCUGGGCCUUGACCCACUUUGGCGGACUUUCCUGAACUACGUGCACGGCAAUGGGGGAUGGACUGGUCCAGAUAUCUCUUGGAAUCCAGACCAGCCGGUUGACGAGGCCGGGGGCUACGACCAGGCUGUCCGCGAGGCCGCUCUGUUCGAUAUGACUCAGUUUACGAAGAGGAUGGAAGACAUGACUGUCGCUGGCGUGAACGCGGACGAUGCUGAUGAAGAUGUAGAGCGGCCAUGGCAAGAUGUCGAAUAGUCCACGAUGUCUUCCACGAGGUCGUCUAUUCCAGUGUUUGUCUUGAUUCACCUGUAUGGAAAAUCUGAUCUUUGUUUGAGUGGGCGGGGAACACAUUCUGGAAUGGCUAAAUAGCAAAAUCAGCGAGAAGUCGAUCCUGGUCAAGACCCCUGAGUGUCUGCCCGCGGGUGAUCCGGAUUUGCUAUGGCCGUGACAAACUCGGCGAGAUCCCCUAAGAUCCUCUUGUCGUGUAUCCCUGUCUCUCUCUCGACUCAUUCAUCAUCGAAGAACUACUUACUUACUCUCUCCAAUUGCCAUCUCUCGUGAAACGGUUUUCCCCGAUAUGAAUCCUGAGUAUGAAGAGAAGAAGAUCGUCGACCUCAGUGACGAGGAGCUUGUCAACCUCGGGUUCAUGGGCGAAAACGUUGCUCCAGAGGUCAAAGACAUAGUCGAGCAGGUGAAGGCUGAUCCCACAAAUCUAGGCAGUGUCACCUGUUUCAUGGUCGACUUGGUCAGACGCAGACACGAGGCUGCUGAGCCCUCCAUCCCUCCUCCCUCUGGCACCCUCACCAAUGCCGAGAUUCACUCAGAGCUUAUUGACGGCUCAGAUCCUCACGCCAUCGUUGCCCCCGACCUAAUCUCCAAAUUCGAAAUGCGCUUUUAUUACCACGGUCUCUCUGGGGAUCUCCCCAUCUCAUGUGGCGCUCUGAUUUCGAGACCAACCCCUUCCCCACUCACCAACCUGGAAGCCACUUCUUUACGAUCCCCACUAAAACUGCCCAUGGCGUCUUCAACACGCCUCUCAAUGGCGUGUGGGAUGUCGCUCUUCCUCGGAUUAUACAAUCAUUGAAGGAGCAUCACCUCCGGUGGUCUGCGAUCCAUAAGGGGCCGUUCGUGAUGCCACACCAGACAUCCUCAAGAUCCUCGCUGACUACCAGAUCACCGAUGUCGUUGUUGAGUGGUACGAGGGCGCUGGCGCCAGACUGGUUGACUCCGUCCGGUCAUGAGUGUUGCAGACAACACUAGUGCCCAGUUCAGCCACAAUCGUCCCCUGACGCGCUGGAUUGUCGACAUCUUACUCAGUCUCUGUACAUAAACUUGUUACCUCGCCCGCCCGUGUCAUAUGAUUGAUUUUCUCGUAUUGACUACCACGACUGUUCCCUUCCCACUCUAUGACUCCUGCUUUGUAUCAAGACUCACAGAAAUAAAUGAAGUUCCAUCCUUCCUUCAAGAGCAGAUUUAGCGGAAAUUCAGACAUGGAUGAUUAUGCGAUCAAAGCAUAUGACGCGUCUCAGCGCGUUCGCUCGUGUCUACUACCACCAUGUCCUUUUCCGAAAACUCUCCAGCACAAUUCUGCGGCAUCCCCUUGAGUCAGAUCCGACUAUCUUCACAGACCUGAUGCACGCUCUCUGCGGGGUGCGAUCCCACCUGCUGACCUGCGUCGAUCUGCUCUCCUUGACCCAGACGAUCUCGUUCCUGGCGGUCCCUUGGCUCUGCCAGGCAAGUUGCGCGGAAUCAUUCUGGUGUACAAUACCAACCCCGCGUACGAAUCCUCGAUCGACUACGAGCGGGAGAAAGCGCGAGAUGCGGGGCGAGGGUAUGCUGGUCGAGGGUCCGACGAGCCGAUGUUGUGGGUCGAGCAGAUCGUCCCCCACGCAUGCGGGUUCUUCGCACUGAUGCACAUCGUUUCAAACUUGAGUCGAUUGGGUGUAGAUUCGCCGUAUAUAGACCCAGAUUCGCCCAUGGGAAAGUUCAUCGCCUCUGCGCUCCCCAUGUCGCCUCCCGACCGGGCUUCGUUCCUCGAGUCCUUCUCACCCAUCGCAGCGCUGUACAACGACUGUGCGCCCCUCGGUACCAGUCAAGUGUUGCAUGCCGACGAUGUCGUUCCCGGGCACUACGCUGCGUUUAUCCCUUCGCAACUGGAUGGCCACAUUUAUGAGAUGGACGGCGGCAAAAACGGGCCAGUGGAUCACGAUGAAUGGCUGGAUGGGGAGCGAGAUAUAUUGAUUGGUGGAACGCGUGUCGUGAAGGAGAUAGUGAAGAAUCAUCUGGAUCCUGAAAACGCGCACUUUCAUGCUCUCGCUGUCGUCGAAAUGGAAUCGCGCAGGGAACAGUGAAUUACGUUGUCCAAGUUUAGGAUAGGGACAGCCGAAAUGAAAGUAUCUCGGAUGGUGCGAGCAGAAAAAAACUGAUUCGACCCGGGCUCGAACCGGAGACCUCCCGUGAAACACAGUCCUCAACUGCGGGAAUCCGAAUGUGAGACGGACGUGAUAACCAAC